GGCUCCAAAUCCCACGCCUUUUACUCUGCACAAAACAAUCAUUAAUAAUCAUCUUCUUUAGCACCAAAAUCCGACGGACAAUACCCACUGAUCUCAUAUCACAUCAUUCUACUUUUGUUCACAUUCUAUCAACUCACCAUCCCUUCUCCAUCUUAAUACUCAGCCCAACCUCUUCUUAUUUCUCUUCCUAUCUCUUCUAAAAUCUGAAAACAAUUUGCUCCUUCUUCUCUCUUAUUCCAAACAUAUCUCGGUCCUCUCCUCUAAAAUUUAGGGUGUCUUAGUGUUCUGAUUGAAAAAUAAAUAAAAAAAAUGGACGCCAACGGCAUGGGAAAGUUUGGGGAGAGAGGGAUUGAUUCUGUGGUUUGCCCUAAGCCUCGUCGACUAGGUGUUUUUAAUUCUUCAGCUCAUGAUCAUAUCGGAACGUGUAGAUGGCCAACCGCUAACUAUUAUCAGAUGGCCGAUUCAAAAGCCGGUAGUGAACUUCUUGAUAUAAUUCUCGCCAAGGGAAGCUAUGGGAUUGAGAAACCCAUCAGUCAGGUGGAUUCAUCGCCACCAUUUUUCUGUGGAUCACCACCAAGCAGGGCUUCAAAUCCUGUAAUCCAAGAUGCUCAAUUCAACAACGAGAAGCUUCUACCUCCACUGUCAUCCCCAGCACCAGCGUCACCAUCCUCACGAAUAGCAGGUGGAGGAUGCGUGAGGAUGAAAUUUGGGAAUAAGCCAGCUGCUGUCCGAAUUGAAGGUUUCGAUUGCCUCAGCAUAGAUCGCCGCAAUUGCAGCAUUUCUGCUGUGGCCUAAAACAAUCGAAACCCUCAAUUCGGAAACAAGAAAAAAAAUUAAAGCACAGAUAGCAGAGCAAGGGAUUUGAUGAGAAAAAUCAGAGAGAAGAGAGGGAGAUAAAUUAAAUUACAAGCAUUAGUGUGAUAGUGUUGGAUUGUAUAUACAGAGUAGAGAUGGGAUUUCCUUGCAUUCUCAGAAUAUGUACAUUGUAAUGGAAGGAGAAGACUGAUGAAAGGUAGUAGGCGAACUUAAUUUUGAAAAAUAAAAAAGGAGAGGAAGGAGUAAAAAUGUUUCUUUCUCUAUUGUUAGGGUUCUUAUUUUGUUGAUGUUGAUAAGGAGAGAGGGACUGAGGAGUUGUUUGAGAGACAUUUUGUAAUAUUUUUCUGUUUGAUUACUUUGAUCUUUCGUUUGUAAUUGUAAUUUGGAGGAGGUUUAAAUUUAAUCCUACUAAAAGUUUUUACUU